ACAGGAGAAAAGUUGGCUACGGUUUGUUACUUUUUUGUGUCGAACUUGACGUUCGUGUAACUCCUGGAGUUUCGCGCAUUUGCAACUUUACCCAUUUGUGGCGUCGCGGUGGCUUUGAGGAACCUGGCCUCGCGCUCACCUGGACAGGGCUGUGUUCCCCCCCGACAGGGUGACAUGUUACACGUGUGCGCGGUCUAAUAGGACUCUUUCUGAAAGUGUUGUCGUUGGGCCUGCUCGUGUUGUUUCCAUCCUUGCCUCUGGCUAACAAACCCCGAAAACGACAUGUCACUGGAGGCCUAUGAGAGACAUUUCGACUCGCUAAAUUCAGAUUUGGGUGGCGGGUCUGUGGUCAGUGAGAGGUCAACCUCGGGCACGUUUAAUGGCGAAGAGGAGAAGUUACAUUACAUUCCUAUCCGGAUCCUCGGGAGGGGGGCGUUUGGCGAGGCGACACUAUACAGAAGAGCAGAGGACAACUCUCUGGUGGUGUGGAAGGAGGUGGAUCUGAACUCGCUCUCAGAAAAGGAACGCCGAGAUGUCACUAAUGAAAUAAGCAUCCUCUCCAUGCUGGAGCACAACAACAUAAUUGCUUACUUCAAUCACUUCAUGGAUAAAAACACCCUGCUGAUUGAGUUGGAGUAUUGCAAUGGAGGAAAUCUGUACGAUAAAAUCGUCCAGCAAAAGGGGAAGCUUUUCACUGAGGAGGUGGUGGUAUGGUACCUUUACCAGAUCGCCUCCGCUGUGGCCCACAUUCACAAGGCAGGGAUCUUACACAGAGAUAUAAAAACUCUGAACAUUUUCCUGACCAAGACCGACCUCAUAAAGCUGGGUGACUAUGGCCUUGCAAAGAAACUCGACUCUGAGUUUUCAAUGGCAGAAACUUGUGUGGGAACUCCAUAUUACAUGUCACCUGAACUGUGCCAGGGAGCCAAAUACAACUUCAAAUCAGACAUCUGGGCCAUGGGUUGCGUGCUUUUUGAGAUGUUAACUCUUACGAGAACCUUUGAUGCAACGAACCCUCUGAACCUCUGUGUGAAAAUAGUCCAAGGUAACUGGACAAUGGAAGUGAACUUGGAUGCUUAUUCGGCUGCACUGAUCAAGCUGGGGUACGAGUGUCUCGAUCAAGAUCCUGCAAAGAGACCCACUGCUGAUCAGAUUCUGGACCAGCCUUUCAUUUCCUGCUGCCGACAGGACCUUGAGGAGCGAGUCAUCCUUCUGAAUUCCGCAAUGAAGAAACCAAAGCUGAGUACGGCUACCGAGACCCCCGUUGCCGUGGUGACCACACGCUCCAGGGAGGUGUAUUUUUGGGGCGGAGGGAAGUUCACGCCCCAGAAAAUCGACUCGUUCAAAGGAGGAAGCGGUGCCCAGCACGUUUGUGCGGGGGAGAGUCACUUUGCCGUGGUGACCGUGGAAAAAGAGCUGUUCACCUGGGCUAGCGUUCAAGGCGGGGCCAAGAUGGUGGGGCAGCUGGGGCACGGGGACCAGGCUUCGUACCGGCAGCCUAAGAGGGUGGAGAAGCUCCAAGGGAAGGCCAUCCAGCAGGUGGCCUGUGGCGCCGACUUUACCGCCUGCGUGACCGACGAGGGCCAGAUGUACAUGUUUGGCUCGGACUAUUACGGCUGCAUCGGGGUGGAGGGCGAGAUGGGCAUGGAGAUUCUGGAGCCCGUGCUCCUGGAGUUUUUUGAGCAGCGGCCUGUCUGCCAGGUGUCGUGCGGCGACAACCACGUGGUGGUGCUGACUCAGAGUGGAGAAAUCUUCUCUUGGGGCUGCGGAGAGUACGGUCGGCUCGGUUUGGAAUGCGAGGAUGACUUUUCUUCACCGAUGCAAAUUGAGAUCCCUAAAGGGGCCACCGUCUCCUCUGUGUCGUGUGGUAGUGAUGGGACCUUCUUUUUGACCGAAACUGGCAAAGUCUUAGCAUGUGGGAACAACGAGUUCAACAAACUAGGGCUGAACCAGGGAAUCUCUGGUCUCAAAAACCACCCGGGAGAGGGCUACCAGGGCAUACCAUACAUCACCACCCUGACCUUGGUGAAACAGCUGUCACGCUUUAAGAUCCAGUUCAUAGCUCCAGGGAAAUCUCACUCAGCUGCCAUUGAUGAGCGAGGCCGUCUGAUCACCUUUGGCUGCAACAAAUAUGGUCAGCUGGGUGUGAAGGACUUCAAAAGGCACCAAGGUGUCCAGGUCCUUCUUGGGCCCUUUGGAGGGAAGACGGUGACCAAAGUGUCUUGUGGAGAUGGAUUCACCAUUGCUGCCACUGAAGACAAUCAUAUAUUUGCAUGGGGAAAUGCAGGAAACGGGAGACUGGGCAUGCCCGCCGAUAAGGGUUUCGGCUCCGAGGUCUGCCCCGCCAUGCCGAGGCCCAUCUUCGGCUCCCUCCACCACGUGCCUGACCUCUCCUGCCGCGGCUGGCACACCAUCAUCAUCAUGGAAAAAGUGCUCAACUCAAAGACCAUCCGCUCAAACAGCAGUGGACUCUCAAUCGGGCUGGGCCAGGAGGCAUCCACAUCCACCGUGGACCUGGACAUGGAGCCCGGUUCAGAGACAGAGUGUCGCGACGGGGGCCUGGGGGGCACGCGGGAGGUUAACACGGAAGGGUGCUUCUUGGACACGCCAAUGAUGUCGAUGACCAAUCAGACCGGGGACAGCUCCUGUCCUCUGUGGCUCCGAAAGGAGCUGGAGGAUGCGGAGUUCAUCCCAAUGCCUGAGGGGUCAAAACCAGGCAUUCAGAGCAAGCUCGCCUCUUUCUCCGAGAGCGUCACGCUGCCGUACGAGGAGCUGAAGGAGCUGAAGGCGGCGGCAGCAGCAGCCAGCAGCAGGACGGGCCUGUCGACCAGAAGAAUGAGCUUUGAAAAGGUCAACGGACUGGAGGAGAGUGGUGUUUGCAGAAAAGGAGAACCUGCCGCGUGUUGCCUUGCCAGCAGCGAGGUGGUGCAGCUGCGGGAAACGCUUGCCCGACAAGAGACGAGGAUCCAGAUGCUGGAAAAACAGGUCAGCGAGCAGCACAAGGAGAACGAAAAGCUCUGGGCAGCCAUCCGCCGCUCAGCUCAGCAGGAGCCGGACCAUAAGAGAAACCAGCGCCCUGACAGCUCGCCUGGGGAACAGGGAGGAGGAGGAGGAGGAGGAGGAAGAACAGAUGGAUUCACAGGUCACGGAGGCCGGCCUGCCGGAGCCAGCGUGUGAGAUGUCCUGGUUCUGAGGGGGGAAAAGAAUCUUUGCACCUGUUGAAAUAUCCGAGCCGGUUAUCGGGGAGGGAGAGGCUCCGUCAGGCGCGCAGCAGCGACCACAUCCUCAUUCCCGUUCAGGGGUUACAUACAGCAUUGAUGUUUAACAGGGUGCUGUGUGACCGCACGGUAUUGCAAAUGCAAUUUGCAAUACAUAGCACAGUUGUUUUUCAAUUAUCUGCUGCGAUCUAGCUCAUUUCAGCACACCCAAAUGUUGGCUGGGCUCAACGUGUGUGACGCAUUGGACCUCAGCCUCUGCCAGAAAGACAACCUCAUCACACUGUUACUCUGCAGUGCGACACGUUCUGCCUGGGCAUCCCCGACUGCAGUCCGAAGGGCCUCAGACCUUAGUUUUUGUUAUUGACUGGUUAAAAAACAGCUUCCACAAAUGUCGCCUCCAAGUGUUAAAUUAUGCAAAGAUGGACAGCCGGUAUGCUCGCAUCACCUUUCAGUGAAAAUGUAGCUUUAUUUUCAUAUAGUUUCAUUACAAGUCAUUUUCUGAUGUGGCAGAUAUACUACAGCCCCUAAACUCAUAUCAAUCUUAUUGGAAAUAUUAGCUCGUACAAUUCAAAGUGUCAUCCAAAAAAAAAAAAAAGACAGAAUAUUAUAUAUACACUUUAAGAUGUGCAUGUUCAAGUGAAUUUGUGUGAAACACAAAACUACUGAUUUCAUAUUUUUUACUUAGUGCCUUCUUUUCCUCUUGAACUAUUAUGUGCAGCACAGGUCUGUUUCUUUUGUGACGUAUAAACACUUGAACCUUUUUUUAAAGCAUAUAUGUUAGAAUACUUGUUUUGCCUCUCCAAGUAUUUUUAUCUGUAUUUAAUGCUAUAUGAACUUUUACUUGCCUUUUUCUGCAUCAUUUGUGAAAUGAAAGCCAAAAGACCACAGCCUUCUUUUGUUUGUUUUUUACAUGUUUGUGUGGGUGUGUGUGUGUGUGUGUGUGUGUGUGAGGUCUUUUUGGUUUAGCUUUUCUUAUUGCAUGCGUACCUACAUCAAUCAUAUAUUUACAUGUCCUGAAAAUGUUUAAGAUCACCUCCAUCUCUUCUGGAGAUAAGAUGGAAGUUUGUCUAUGUUUGUAAGAUCUUUAAAAAAAAAAAAAAAGCUUAGUAAAAGAAGAACCCAUUGAAGAUGAUAAAUCCAAAUUAGAGUCCUGUUCUUGGUGAAAGAUUGGCCCCCUCUUUUAGCAGUUUAAGCAGUUCUGGCCUGGUGAAUGACUGCUGUUGGAUCAAAGGUAACCUGAAACGCCAACAUUUUUUAUAUAAUUUUGAUAUAAAGUAGACUUUUUUCUUUUCCAGGGAUCAAAAGCAGGAUAACUUCCAGGAUUCAAGGAGCAAUGAGAAUAAAUUAAGCUGUGAACGUAGCUGUAGGAAUGGUUUGUCUUUCAGCUUUUGUUGCUUUUCUUUUGCUCUUCAUUCACUGCAUCUUACCAUCUAGAUGGAUUUUAUUUCUUUAGACUGAUCAUUUCAACCUCCCCACAUAUUGAACCUUUGUCAGGCGUUAUGGGUCAUUAUCUUGCUGCUGGAUAAACGAUUGCACAAAAUGUCCUUUGUCUUUAUUUAUCCAUUUUGAAAAUAUAGUGCAUUUCCUGGUUCAGCUCAGUUUUGUUUGAACUAAGUCUGUUAAGAAGAAACUAAAGUUGGGACAACGGUGAGAAUUACAGUCACAGCCGUUUAAUUCAACACACUCUUUAUGUUUUUUAAUUUAAGUGUCUGGUUUUAUUAUGACUUUCAGAGGUUUACCUCGUACUUUUGGACAAUUGGUGGUUAUUUACAGUGGUACAGAUUGGUGCAAACCUUCUAUUUUAAGCUCGCCUUGUGCUCAGCUGAGCUGCCUGCACUGUAACACUGACAGUAUCGUCACGCAAAUGAUUCAGUCUCGAAUUUAUGGAGCUAUCACAAUACUGCCCGUUUAGUUUUUUUUUGUUUACUAUUCACAUAGAUGGAUUGAUAAUUUCUUCUGUUUGACGGUCUAACUGUUCUCUACAUUUUACCUUUGUCACAUUUCUUGCUUUAUAUCUUGUGUACAAGCCAUAAAUAAAACCAAACUGUGGCCUCUUAUCCUAAGUGUCAGAUCUCUGUGUUCUGAAGAUGGUGUUCUUUAAAAAAUAUAUGGAAAUGGGAGAUGCCUUUGUCUUGUUAAUAACCUACAAAUGUGUAACAAAACUGAAAUGUGGUGUAAAUGGGGCACAUAAUAAUGAACAGGGGCAUUCAUCAUGUAAUAGGUCCCAUCUGGUGGGCUGACUCCUGAUGAUCUGCUGUCGCCUGUGGGCUCACUUGGACACCUUUGGUUGUACAUUUCAAGCCGGGAGUUACCUCUUAUACUGAUUGCUUGUGCUUCUGUUGCAGUUUUGUCUUUUGUUCUUCCUUAUAGCCUGGAGUCCUGCUUCUGGUGUGUGUUUUGAAGAACUCCUCGGCCUGUGAUCCUUUUGUCCUGUGGACGUAGGAAUUGAAGACCUGGCGCUGCGAUUGUUUUACCUUCUUACAGAUCUGGAUAUGUUUCUCCAGUCUGUCGCUUUUAAACUUUCUGUUGCAGACUUUGCAGGGAAAAAGCUGAAAGCAGUCGUCUGUGACAGCAGGCUCCACUUGCU